GUUCCCCACUGGCUCAGCUUGGCUCUGACCUGCACACUCACUGGCCUUCCCGCACGACGCUGCAUAAUUCGCUGUUCCCUCAGACCACCACUGGAGCCUCGCCGCUCACACCCUUCAGAGGUGGCGACUUAAACACUUGAUCUUUUAUUUCAACAACGUCCUCCUUCCCUCGACCACACAGGCCUCGACUUCUCAACAACAACAAAAAAACAUAAGCUGCGAAGAAUAAACUUUGAAGGUUCGAGGAUGUGGUGAAAGUGUACCAUAGCUCACGAGCUGAGAACGAACGUAACGGAAGACGAACGAACUCCUGCAGUGUGCAUUGUGGCAUUGUUUAGUGUGGACUGUGUGCCGAGACAUCACUGUGGUGAUUGUGGUGGUUGUGGUGAAUGGAAUGACUAGUGGCGGAGUUGGCGACCAUAUCACGUCAGUUGCUGCUGCCACAUCCACCUGCACCUUCAGCGCCGCCCACUGGGAGCUGAGCCAACCUGAAUCCCUCCUUCAACUCCUCCUCGUGCAUCCCAUUGGUAAACACAGCCAGGAUGCGCUCCCCUGACCGUGACUGCCAAGGGGGUCAGGCAAGGCUGGCAGUGAUUGGCAGCAAGGCGGUGGGCAAGACAGCCCUCACCGUGCGGUACUUGACGAAGCGCUUCAUUGGCGAGUACCAGUCAGACACAGACAUGAUCUACCGUGCCACCAUGCCUGUCGACGGAGCCAAAAUCGCCCUGGAGAUCCUCGACUUGUCAUCUAACCUGGACGAGGUGGUGGUGCCCCGGGAGACGGUGGCGUGGGCGGAGGCAUGGCUGGUGGUAUACAGUAUCACGUCCCUGGAGUCGUUUCGCGUGUGUGUGCGUGCGGUGGAGGCGGUAACGACAGCGUGCGGCGGAGACCAGCCCAACCCGCCCGUCCUCAUUAUGGCCAACAAGAAGGACCUGGAGCACAUACGAGAGGUUCCGGAGGCUGAGGGCAGGAAGUUGGCAGAGCAGUACGGGUGUCGCUUCGUUGAGGUGUCUGCUGCCGAGAUGGUGUCCCAGGUGAAUGAGUCCAUCGAUGGUCUGCUCCGCCAGGUGUCGCAGCAUAAGGGACAGACUUCUCCUCGCCUGCGGAAGCUGAGCGUGUCCAAAAUGUUCAACCAGCUGAUCAACCUGAGCAGCGGCGGAAGCCAAGACCACCGACCCGCCAUGCCGCGCAUCUCGCUGAGGGACCGCGCCAGGAAGAGAGGUCACAUUCGCCACAGUUGAGGCCACACCCCUUGGCGGCAGCGGGCUUUUGUUGGCACUCUAGUGAGGCAGGUCACAGCCUAGAGUGACCCUUCACUUGCGCUUCACCGGAGUCACGCACGUCCCCCCGCAGCGUCCUGCUGUGCUGGGGGGGACUUUCAUUCAUUUCCCUUCCCUUUGAAAAGAAAGAAACGUUGAAUUAUAUCAACAUUGAAUACUAAUACUCAGCGAUCUUCGUUCAUUAGAAUUUAGAGGAAUACACGGAAAGAACUGCUUUGUUUUGCAAAUGCAAUGGUUCGCGGCCAUCGGCACCAAGCCCCGCCGUCAGAUCCUCAAGCAUAUGAACUUCGUUGCGGCUCACUGAAUCAUGUAGGGGACACCGGCAGCGGCUGUGUUCGAGGCGGUGCUCUCUCUUGGGCCACGCCACUAACCCCCAUGUCUGACGUCUCGUCACAGGAGAGUAGUUCUGAGACGAGGACUCAUUUUUAGGUGUGGCGGUGGCGUAUAGUCGAAUCAUUAUAUCGUUUAACUUUGCUAGUUCACAGGUUCGCGUCCGCGCUCCGUACCGCCAUUAAGAAGGCAUUGCAGGUAGCAAGGCGUGUGAGCUUCGCGGUCUUGCGCUGCGCCGCUCCUUGUCGGCCCUGUGUUGUCUUAUGCUCAGUAUUUGUAAUAUGGUUGGCCUUUACCUUCAGCAAUCUAAUUUUACUACGUAGUUUAUUGGUUCCCCGUGCAGUGAUCGUCACUACAUGUACGUAAUUUAGUUUUUACUAUUCGUUGGCUGAUGUUCAGCCAUUAAUUGAUCUCAGACAGCGUCAUCACGCAUCAUUAGUCACUCCACGCACCAAUGUGCCUACAAUAGGGCGGCGACGAGGAGCGGCAGGAGCCACGGCCAGCCCGGACUGCCGAGCCUCAAGGCACGCCGUGUUCUGAGGCACGGCAACACUUGCACGACACAACACGACACGACUCGAGCACGACUGUGACAAGGAUGUGUUAAGGCGUUCUCAGGCACGCCGGAAGGGCUGAGCACCGGAGACCAGCCCUCCUCCCUCUACUGCUCGGAACGUGUCACGUUCACGAUGUAUUCCGUACAAUGUUUUCUAUAUAUUGAGUUUUAUUAUUAAUUUAUUCCACACUGCAUUUUUUCGUCUUUAUUUCACCGAAUUUUUUUAAUAUUGGUAUUGACGAAAAUGCCUUAGGCGAUCUGUUUUGUGUGUGUGUGUGUGUGUGUGUGUGUGUGUGUGUGUGUGUGUGUCAUUGAAAAGCGGCCUGGAGUCGCUGUACUAAAAUCAGUCUUACAUUCUUACAUAGAGUAAAAACCGUGACGAAAUGUUUGAGUUGGAGCGAAGCAUCGUCCAUUCCACCAAACUUGGCACUGCUUCGCACACCUUUUCAUAGGAAAUCAAGAUCAAAAACAAGAAACUGAAGGAAAAUGUAAGCUGUCAGGCCUACACGUUUCAUUUCCUUCAUGUAGCAUACCUACUAAAUUUCAGCUGUCACCCACAUCCAUAAAUUUAUAAUCUAAAGCUCACCAAUGACUCGACGCUAACAACCUGAGUACUGGGUUUAUUCUGCUGGUCACGUGUACAUUACGUAAUUUGGUUUGUGUUCCAUUUGAUCUCCCGUAAUAAUUUCAAAAUUACAAAACAGACAAAAAAAACAUCGCAAGAAUAAUUUAGUAAGAUUUCUAAGGAAUAGUAACACAAGUAGUAGUAAUUGUAGUGCUGGUUGUAGUAGUAGUGGUAGUAGUAGUUGUAGUUGUAGUUGUUGUUGUUGUUGUUGUAGUAACAGAAGUAUUAUAAAAUUAUUGUUAAGGAAAGAUUAAUUUAUUAUCAUUAGUGUGUGUGUGUGUGUGUGUGUGUGUGUGUGUGUGUGUGUGUGUGUGUGUGUGUGCGCGCGCAUGUGUGUGAUUGAGAAAGAGAGAGAUCACGUCCACCAUUAAAGCCAGGUGCAUGUAUAUUCAUUAUAUCAUGAAAGGAAUUCAUUCAUAGCUACAUAUCCAUCCAAUCAACGCAGUUUUGUGCGCCAUCUCCAAAUUUAGAUAUACGCAGCAUGAAUUAUGUCUCAUUUCCAAAAAAACUAAUUGUAGGUAUAUCACGACUCCUACAGAAUGUGUCAUUUUAUACAUAAGUCAUAGAGAAGAGGAAGGAAGUACACAGUGUUUCGGUUCAUGUAUGUCAUGCUGCCAUCAUAAUCUCAUCAUCCUACUUUGCAGCCAGUCUAUAUCGCUUGUGGUAUCCGAAGAAAAAUGAAGUUUAUAAGAUUC